CCUUCCUGUACGACAGCCUCAGGCUCUGGUUUGGGAUCGGCUGGCUCUUGCAUGUCUUUGGCCUUUUCGACUUUCCUGAGCUAUUACCAGCUGCCGACGGGGUAUUUCUGGGGAUGCUCUUGCAUCAAAUCGAAGCUCUUCCACGGCUUAGUAUCCGACUGAGCUCACUCGUCCUGAUCGGUGCAUACGCCUCGCUCUUGUACAACCUUUCGCAGUACAUGGAGGUCAAUGACCAACUGAGGCCAUUACUACACAUGUGCAAUGAGGUGAUACGGAGAGAGUUGUCUCCGUCAUCCAUUUUUAUUUUCUUGCUGGUCUACUGCCACCUUCCCAUAGUGUCGAUCUUUGCGCCCCGCGCCACAACAUUUCUCGAGAAACAUCGCGUUGUCUUUGCGAUGUCUGGCGCAGGGUAUUUGCUGUACUGGGCGCCUACAGUGGAGAUGUCGAUCUUCCUAUUUUAUAUCUGUUUAUCUAUAGUGAUGGCAUGGGGCUUGAGAGAACUCACCGCAAAUAUUUCGAUGAGCCAGUGAUGGGCUCAGAGGCUAGUCUGGGAGACUCGAAAAAUCAAGUUCAAACGAACUUAAUUGUAUUCGCCGAUGGCAGGGGGUGCAGCUUCGUAGAGUAAUCUCUCCGGCUAUGGAAACCCAGAGCCUACUUUGAAUAUCGCUAACAUUCAGAUGAGCCAGCCGUGGGCUCGGAGUCUGGUUCAGGAAACUCAGAGGAUCAAGCGUUAAUUGACUCCGUAACAUGCGCCAUUAGCAGAACUGCAUCUUCGUCGAGUCAGCUUCACGGAAAUAGACAUCAGAUCACGAAAUACUUGGGCUUAGACUACCCCUCUCUUCCGUAGAAUCUGGACCGCCUCGUAACUCGGGUAAUAUAGGCGAUGCGUCUAUACGUGGCCGUAAGGAUGCACGGCUCGACUAAAAA